AUGAAGAUCUCUUCAACUAUGCUUGUCGCUGCUCUCGCAGGCCUCUCCUCAGCAAGAAUCACCUACACAAUCAGCAAGGCCGCCAGCCCAACCACAGACCAAACCGACGCCUACAAAAAGAUUACCGUCGCAAUGGAUGCCGCCAUCAAGCGACACGAAUCCCUCGGCUCCACAGCCACCAAGAAAAUCACCGUGGAAUACAGCCCCGGCACACCAACCGCAGACGGCAGCUCAGACGGCCGAAUCCGCUUCGGAUCAGGUCGUGAGUUCAUGACUGAGCGCACCGCACUCCACGAGAUCGCCCACACCCUUGGCGUAGGAACCACCGCCAAAUUCAACGAUAACUGCAAAACCGGCAACUGGCCAGCAGCGAACCCAGUCCUCAAGGGCUUUGAUGGCGCGAAUGCCAAGUUCAGCUGUGGAGGAGGACACUUCUGGCCAUAUGGCUUGAACUUUGAGAGCGAGAUGAGUGCCACGGCUGCUGAUCACCAUGUGAUGAUUAUCAAUGCUAUGAUCAAGGAUGGAAUCACUCCAUGA